GAAUGUACAGAAUGAUACAAAAUGCAUCAUGCGGAAAAAAAGACUGAUUGUUUUUGGUAGGCUGGGUAUUAGAAUCAAUUAACUGAAUAUAGAAAAAUGUUGGAAAAAUUCAAUUUUUAUUCACAUCACAGUCAGUAACUGCAAAUGAGCCUAUUACCCUCAAGGUACCUGCUGCACUAAAACCAUAUUAAGACAGCAUCUCUAAUCGUGUGAGACAUAAUUUAAUGCUUUUAAUCGCACAGAUAAAACUACUGGUGGAUCUACCUGUCCUAAUUGACUUCUAUAACUCAAUCUGAGGGCCAUAGAGAAUGAAAAAUUCUGCAAAAGUAUAUCUAUUGACUCAACAUGAUCCGGGUUCUUGAAGCUCUCGAAUGGGCACCCCGUACAUAAAAGGUGGAAGUGAAAAAAAAAAUAACGGAACAACAAAUAAAACGGUUUAAAUAUUUCCUAUAUUAACAUCGCGGCAUCGAAACAAAUCCAUCCAUUUUACCUUCGCCGCUCGAACGUUUCGCAUCAUUUCGUUCUUUGUUAAAAAUUAAAUUGCCAUAAGUAUUAUUAGACCUCUAAUUUCGAUCGGCGAACAAAUAAGUCAGAAAUUGGUCAAUUUCUGUUGGGAUUGCGUGAUGCACACGGAAUAUUUAUCGCAAAAAAUCAAAAUCAGAAGGAAGUGAUUUAUACGAUGAGGGGCCAAAAUCCAGUGGUGCUCACUUCGUACAUAUACGGCGACGAGGAUGCCGAAAAUAUCGUGAACAUUUUUCAAACUUUUAAAGUUCGCGUCAACGAGAUCGAUAUGAGUCAAGAUACUGCGGCAAUGGACACUAAAACAGAAACCAGUCUGGAUUUAUCAGAGGACGUGCAACAUGGAUCAGGCAGUGAAGCUUUAAAGCAUCGCGACCUCUUGAAGUGGCUAAAACGACAAACUAAGAAAACGUUCAGCGUGAAAACCUUAAAGCGAAGAAUCCCGAUUUUCAAUUACUUGCCCCAGUACACUUGGGAAAUUGCCCUUUCGGAUUUUUUAGCUGGUAUUACCGUGGGACUGACCAUUAUUCCUCAAGCUAUAGCUUAUUCUAAUGUGGCUGGCUUACCUGCUCAAAUAGACAUUGGCAAAAGUGCUUGUGAUAAGUUGGGAAGUAUACGCAGAAGUUAG